AUGCACCCUAAAAAUGGUUCAGCCCGUGCUUUUGCCUGCGACCCCGGCGGGGGCAUGGCGAGUCCAGGCGCCGUCGUCUCCGAGCACAGGGCGUGGCCGGGGCUUCGGGCGCCGUCGGCCUCGGCCAGCGCGGCUGUUUCAUCGUCGUCGCUUCCUUCUUCUUCUCGCCUCGCAUCCCCUUCUUCCCCUUCUCACCAGCCGAGCAUGCAACAAGACAGAGGAGCCUCAGGCGGAUCGCCGGGGGCUGAGGCCGCCGAGCGGCGGCGCGACAUCCAACGAGCCUUUGCGCUGUUUGACCGAGACGGCGACGGGCGUCUCGACAGGCGCGAGUUGAAGGCUGCAUGCAGAGCCCUCGGAGUCACCGCCGACGACUUCAUGAUCGACAGUCUUCUACGCAGCGCGUUUGUGCGCACGUCUCCGUCGGGUUCGGCCGCUGAUUCGUCCUCUGGUUCGGUCGAUUUCGACGGCUUCCUCGAGCUCUGUGUCGGCGCUUGGCCGCAACGCAGCACGACUGAGGAACUCCGGGAGAUUUUCCGUCUGUUUGACACCGAACAGAAAGGCUACGUGACGGCGGCAGACGUCAUGCGUGCAGCCAGGGCCGUGGGAAGUUCUCUAAGUGCUGAGGAUGUCGAGUUGAUGGUCCGAGAAGCCGAUCGAGUCGGAGACGGCCGACUUACUUUUGGUGAUUUCGAGCGCGUUUUCCGCCGCAUGCGAGGCGUCCCUGGGCGUCCUGAAGGCGAGGCGCUCGAAGUGAUUGUUGACGACGACGAGGACGAUUUGUGA